UCGAGUCGUCGCCGUGGAGAAGAUAGGGCGAGUUGUUACUUGGUUUAUUGCUUUAUUUGGGCGUAUAAUAAUUUUAAACAUAUUUUUACAUCUUUCAGCGAAGAAUUUAUCAUUAAUAUUGUUCUAAGUAAUUUAACAAAUUGUGUUGUUACCAGUGCAAAGUGGUUUUCAUUCAUAGAACUUAUUUGUAGGCAAUGCAGUGGGUACCACCGUCGAAGUUUUAAUAAAUUGUGAUAUUAAUUCGUUACAAUGGGAAAAUUGUUGAGUCUUUUGUCCCGUGACGACUCCAACUGUUGUUCGUCGCCGCGUUACGAUAUUUUUCUGGAUUUCGAGAACGCCGCUCCUACGGAUACAGAGCGCGAUGUUUACGAGGAGGUACAGCGGGUUCUGCUGGACUCUGAGCGGAUAUUAGAAGAGAUACAGUGUUACAAAGGAGCUGGGAAAGAGAUACGAGAAGCUAUAGCAGACCCUUCGCGAAUAUCGCAGGAACGAGCGUGGCGCGCCGUGAAACCACUGGUGGAUAAGCUGCUUAGAUGCUACAACCACUCACUGGAACUACAACGUGUGGUGCCACGGUUACUUGGAUCGCUCGUAGGAGGGGCGAUGAGUCCGACUCAACACUUGGAGCAGCAGCAGGCGCUCGUCAAGCAGUUCGCUGAGAUCCUGGAGUUCGUGCUCAAGUUUGACGAACACAAAAUGAAGACGCCAGCCAUCCAGAACGACUUCAGCUACUACAGACGAAGCGUGUCCCGCGGGGGACUGAUCAACGCCGACCUCCCACCAGGAGACGAGCCUCACAUAAGCGCUGACGUAGCCAACAGAAUGUCGCUAUUCUAUGCACAAGCCACGCCGAUGCUGAAGGUGCUUUCAGAAGCCACCAGCCAGUUCGUUAAUGAUAAUCAGCAAGACCUGGAGAAUACUACGGAAACGCUGAGCACGAUGGCCAAAGUCUGCUUGAGGAUGCUGGAGAACCCAAAACUCGUCGCCCAGUUCAGUCGCGAGGAGACCUCCCUACUAGUCCUCCGCGUGAUGGUGGGCCUGAUCAUCCUGUACGACUGGGUGCACCCGUCGGGCGCCUUCUGCCGCUCAUCUUCAGUUGAUGUGAAGGGCUGCGUGAAAUUCUUGCAGCAACAAACGCCUGCUAAGGCGGAGCCGUUGCUGAAUGCUCUGAGGUACACCACAAAACACCUGAACCACCAGUCGACACCGAAGAACAUACGGACGCUCCUCGCAGCGUGAGGGCAGCACUCAAGCCUUGCAUGCUGCUGUGGGGAAUGAUUCGACAAUAAUCAUCGUGGGGACUUCUCAGGGCUCGUACGCACACGCUUGUUCGAUGCAAAGCUUUAAGGCUGAGUUGCACCACCUAACUUUAACGAUAACCGGUAUUUUGUAUGGAGUUUGAGAGAUUUUUGACGUUUGUUAAAGUCAAAGUAAGAUGGUGCAUGCAACCCAACCUAAGGGUUCGAAUCGCAUUGACGUACGCUGACUGUCAGCGCUGCCACGGGACUAUUCCCACCUCUCGUUUCUACCGCUUCAACUCCUGUGUAGCCAGAAUCUACAGCUUGGCCGCCAAUAAAAACUCAACCAGUGAAGGUCAAGUUUAUCCCGGGGGAAAGUUAAAAGUUAUUGGUUCAAAGUCGUUUCCUUUAUUAACAUGAUCCGUGAGCACCGACGAUCAGCUAGUGGUCAGCGCGAUUCUAUAACCCUCCUAGGAAACAUUCAUAAAACCAUUGCAAUGAACAAGCAAGCUCAAUAUAGAAAACAGUAGAAUCCAUUUUAUUAAUUUAGCACAACACCCUUAAUUUUUAACUUUAAUACAGUGUGAGUCACGUUAAAGUGUACAUA